UAGAAACAAAGAACAAAUAAACCAUAAGUACAAAGAAACCUGUUAGUGAUAUAAAUAAAGAUUUCAUUAUGUUAAAAAUGAAAACCAAAACCAGUACUCAGUAAUCUCCUCCCACAACAUCACAACAAUUUCCUGACACAUGCAUCAGGGAUUGUUCUGCUGCCUGCGUCCCACAUGUCCGGACAGGAAACCACCGAACAGACUCAACUUCAUAACUUCAACUUCAACUGGACGUUCUGUUUUUCAGAAGCCUUUGGAUUUGUUCUUAUUUAAAGAUGUGCUUUACUAAUUGUAUUGAUUGUAACCACCAAAAGAAAAAGAAUGAUAGAUAGAAUAUUUGUUGAAUGCCAGGACUUCUAGUGGAAACAAACAUGUGGAGACUGCUUUUGAUACUCUUGUGCACUUUUGUGCUGGUGAACUCGAGCCAUCUUCAUCACAGACAAAACUGUAGCAGAGUACCAAAAGAUAUCAUUGGUCCAAGAACAUUUUAUGGGAAAAAAGCUAUAAGCACAAAUUUUACCCUCGAUCUACCAGAGCUAAACAUCUCCGACAAUCAUGUGAAACACACAGCUGGAUUUGUCAGCACCAGGAUCAUUCCAGUAGCUUAUGUCAUUGCUAUUGUUAUUGGAAUUCCUUCAAACACCCUGGUCCUGGCUUUUCUCUGUCGGAAAACAGGAAGUUUGUCUAGUGCUAUCCUCUACUUGAGCCUAGCAGCUUCAGACCUUCUCCUCCUGGUCUCUCUCACACUUAAAGUCCACUACCAUCUGAAUGGCAACAACUGGGUGUAUGGAGAGCUCGCAUGCAAACUUGUGACAGCCUGCUUUUAUGGUAACAUGUACUGCUGUAUAUACACCCACAUGUGUGUUAGCAUGUUGCGGUAUUUAGCUGUUGUACAUCCAUUCCUUUACAGAGGACUCUCCAAACGGUCUUGCACAACCUGGGCAAGUCUGACUGUGUGGAUUGUUUUUGCUCUGGCCAUGGUUCCUGAAUUCCUCACUCAUCAAAGCUAUUACCUCACCCAGGUUGGGAUUGUCACGUGUCAUGACAUUCUGCCUUAUGACGAGAAACUCUAUAGUUUUCUGAUUCCUUAUAGAUUAUGCCUCAUUUUUCUAGGCUUCAUAUUUCCUUUCGCUGUCAUCAUAUUAGCCUAUGGAUCAAUUGUGCAUCAGCUACGUCAGUCCAGCUGUGAUUUUACAAAUUACAUUAAGGCAAGCACACUUGUAUUUGGGAUCUUCUUGGUCUGUUUCACUCCAAGUAACACAAUCCACUUGAUACAUUAUGUGAGACUGUAUACAAGCAACCAAGACGACUUCUAUAAAUACUUCAGUGUAGCUGUGUGUAUCUGCUGUUUUCACAGCUGCCUGGACCCCUUCCUUUCUUACUUUAUAACAAAGAGUACAAACUCCAGAGAGAAGUUUAUCUCCCUUGAAAGAGCAUCACUGGGGAGUUCAGUGACCACACACUAACUUUGAUACUUGAACUAUUGUAUUAUUGCCUAAGUUACAAACAUUAUGUUUAAUUCACCUAUCGUCUAUAAGCCUAUUUUGGGCAUAGGUGUGCAUAACAAUUUGUGCCUGGGCCACAUGUAUCUGUUCUGUAGCAAAACAAAAGUGACUUUAGUAAUCUUACAGUAGCUUCUAUUUACUUUGUGUUAUACUGAUUAAAACAGUUUUUUUUAUUUAUUUACCCAAAAUUAAACCAAUGCCAUUUUAUUAAGGAUAUGUAGUUCUUUGGGGGGAAAAACAAAGCAAAACAAAAAAGACUUUUUCUCUGCUAUUGCUUUUCACAAAUUGUAUGUUUGUAAAGGCUUUUAUUUUUUAGGUUUCAUCCUACGUUGGAUGAUGUAUUUCUUUGUGUGUUAAACUGUCUUACAAAAAAAAAACACACUCUGAAUCUUUCCAUCAACAUUUCCUCAGUUCUAAAUUUUUUUAUUGAAUUGUAUUUCCUUUUAUUUUAAUGGACUGCGAGGAACAUCACCACAUUUAACUCAAGAUCACUGUACUUGUUUUUAGUUAUUUGUUUGUUUUUAACAUGUCAUUGUUUAUAGCUGUGUUUAUGUGUAUUGUAUUAGUUUUUAUGCUGCCUCUUGGUCAGGUCAUCAUUGUAAAUGAGAACUAGUUCUAAACUGACUUAAAUAAAGAAAGUAUAGUAUAAAGUAUAUACAUUCAGUCUAUGGCCAUUGAGCUGAUUUCCUGUGCCAAGUGUCAUCAGAGAUUGCAAUUUAAAAAAUGUAUUUAAAUACCACUGGUUACACUGGAUACAAAUACUUUCUUUAGCAACAUCACACAAUACAAUAAGAUGUCAAUAAGUCAAUACCUUGCAGAUGAGGUCUUUUGUAUGCAGCAGCAGAUCGUGGUAGUGUUUGGCUGUGGCUGGAUUAACUCCCUGUAGUUUUGCUGUUGGGAGAGUUAGAGCAGCAAACGUCUUCUCUGCAUCUCCAAAAUUCAAGGCCUCAUUGAUUUCAGCAAUGGCAAUGACUCCUGAAGACACAGGCUUCAAAUGGUUAGUGUCCACAAAUACAGCAAAACAAACACAAAACUUUCUGGACUUUCUGGGCUGUUAAAGUAUGUAGCGAAUUUAAAAUACAUACAUGUAUACUGUUAAAAAUGAUUAAUUAUGAUAUAGUCGUGUCAAAUAUAUUGUGUAUUAAUAGUGCAACCAGAUAAAUGUCAUCAUUUACAUCCAAAAGAGUCUCUAUUUUCUGUAUUUGGCAGCUGAAUGUAUGUCCGCAAUAAGCCCUUACGUUCAUUUUCCUCGUGAACCUGAAAGUUGAUGGUGUCAAUGCACUUCUGUACAUCGUUCCAGGUGAGAAACUCCUGGCUCUGGGUGAGAGAUUCUGCUCUAAGUUUUAUCAGCAUGUCUGCAUACCUGUUGGAAGAAAAAACAAAAUAAUAUAUCAGGACCCAAAAUUACUAAACUAUUUACAAUAAAAUUGCUCAUCCAAGAUGAAUACAAUUACAGGGAAAAGUAACUGGAACAGCAGCAUCCAAGUCCAUCAUUACAGAUUCUUAAUCCUUAGCAAUAAACAGUUCUUUAUUACCGCUGCAUAUUGUCAUGGUCGAUGUUGCUGAAACCAAGUGGAGAGUCAGAAAGUUGCUCGCUGACAGCCACAGCAUCCUUAGUGUCCAGCAACUCAUUUAAGACAGCUACCGCUGAGAGCAUCUCAACGGCAACACACAACUCCUCAUGGUUCAGACCUGCCUUAUUCUGUGGCACAGAACAAUCCAACAUAAGAAGUAAAAAGAAAAGCCAUCAGUACUAAACAAACCUGAAGUAAUGUUAAUUCCGAGUUAUCUCUACUACAAUUCAAUUGUACUCAAUUACUUGCUAAUUGUGCUCUGGUGUCUGUAUUUCCUCUCUUUAUAAUAACAAUAUUAAAAAUAAUAAUACAA